AUCCUAACUACUAUGUAACAAAUCAUAAAAGGUUUUCGACAAAUAGUAUAUAGUAGCCAUUUGCCAAACAGUGACGAAGUUAGCUUAAUGAAAGCCAAGUUACCUGUGUACAGUUGAAUUUUUGUUAUAAUGUUAAUCUGAGCCUGUGUAUAUAAAUAUUCAGCCCGAUGUUGGACUUAAAUUUUUAUUUAUGUAGUUAUUACGCGGCAAUAGAUAAGUUCCUUCGGGGAAGCAUUUCGUGGAUACCGAAGAAAGCUUCAAACAAGUUUGAAGCUUUCGAGGCCGUAUUCAUGGAACUAUGAACCUGGACUCGUUGACUUUAACUUUGUCACAAAUAAGUUAUUUGGUUGUAAAUUUAACAAAAAAAAAUUAUUCUGCUACUGUUCAGGAGAUCACUGAGCUGGUACGUGAAUACGGCUUUGAAGCAGAUCGUCAUUAUCUAUAUAAAUUAUUCUCUUGUUUUGAAGUUGGAUUGACGUCAAAGGAAUCAUCCCAACUUCAACUACUUUCGGAAGAGAUAGCCGCAUUGUUGUCAAAGCCUGCUCUUGAAUCUUGUAUUUGUUUUGCAUUUGACCAUCUUAUUAAGUCUAAGGGUCCACGAAUAAGUUCCUUGUUGUCUCAAUUGUGCAAGGCCUUGAAACUACCUCUUAUUCAAGAAGUCAUUUUUGGGAUUUCUCUUUUGAAUUCAGAAAAUCCAGAUACGCUUAAUCAGGCUACUCAAUUUUUAAGGAUAAAAUUGCCAGAACUUAUUAGAUCAUAUAUCAAUUCAGAUACUAAUAGUAGUGCUACUGAAGGUGGUCUUCACGACACCACUCCCGAGGUUCUUCACAUUAUAAUCACUCAAGUAAUAUCAGAUUCCUCUGAACAAUUAGGAGUUACAAGUGAGACAAGAGAAGCAUUCUUUCGAAAUUUAUGUAGGGACUUUCCUAGAGAUUUGGUACCCAUUGUGGUAGCACCUUUAUUAUAUUUAGACAACUCUGAAUUAUCAAUGGAUAAACUUCUUUCUGACUCGAUGAACAUGUCUCACAAUAUGGUCGACCCCAGCUUUGACGACAUCCUUGGUGAACUUGGUAUUUCAUUUACUAGCAGUGUUGAAAAAUGCCGAGGACAUUUAUCUCAACUUGUUGGAAGAGAUUUAAAACACUCAGAUAUGGCUAGAAUUCUCAUUGUAAUGUUGAAAUCUAGAGGAGUAGUUGAAUAUUGGCAAGAUACUGAUUCUUCUAAAGAAAAGUCACAAGAUCCAUCACAUGUUUCUUCCCCAUGGAGUGUUGAAAAUCUAGUCCAAGCUGCUAGAGAAUUGAAUCCAAAAAUCAAUUGGAGUGAUGUUUUACUUGAGCUUGACCAUUCUGAAUUCUUAGUGAAAGACAGACAUGGUUUACAUUUGAUUAUUUCAGCAAUUAGAACGGGUUUACAAAAUCAAGCAUUUUUUCCAGACAGAUUUCCAGUCGAACACAUAUACAGACAUUGGAAGAACACAGAAGCCCAGGUUUCAUUGGUGCAACAAAUUUUGAAAAAUCCUGAUAUAUUUUGUUUUUCUGAUCACCCAUUUCAUCCAGUUGCUGUAGAUAUUUUAAAAGCACCACCAGAAACUGAAAAUAAAGAAAUUGCUUCAUGGCGAUCAUUGGAUUUGAUCGAGCUAGUUGUUUUUAUUGCUGAAAGAGGUCAUUUUCAAGAAGUUCAAGAAAUACUGAAAGUUCCAAUCCAGAAUUGUCCUGAUGUUCUAUUCUUAGGAUUGCUUCAAACAAUUCAUCCUCCUCUGGCAACAAUUUCUCCAAUUCGUCAAGAAAUUUUUGCCAAUCUUAUGCCUUCAUUUCUAGCUAAUCAUCCUAACUCUGCUAUUAUUUUUCAUCAUGCUUGGCAUACCCAGAAUAUUGCCAUAAAACAAAUAAUUAUGCAUUCAAUGGCUGACUGGUAUUUACGAGGUGACAGUGAUCAGUCCCGACUUACGCGAAUCCUCGACGUAGCCCAGGAUCUGAAAGCUUUGUCUUUACUUCUGAAUGCUCAGUCAUUUCCAUUUGUGAUUGACUUAGCCUGUCUUGCUUCUCGUCGUGGUUAUUUGAAACUGGAAAAAUGGCUCACAGAUAAAAUAAGAGACCAUGAUGAACCAUUUAUCACUGCUGUACUUAAAUUUUUGCAGAAACGUGUCCCUCAUAUCAGUGGAUUAGUAAAAGAAGACAGUAUCCCCAAAGCUUCCCAGUUCCAUCAUGAAACUCUCAGUACAAUCCUACUUUGUUUGCAGACUUGUGCUGGGAGUGUUUCACAAGAAAUGGCAGAGGCUAUUCAUAGUGUAAUAGCUGCAUGUGGAAUGAUAAAAGCUAGGACUGCUCCACCAGGAGUUCUGAGAACGCACCGUGCUCUGGACAGUUUUACACCAUCAUCUGUUUUUUCAAGCCAAGUGGAUUCUCUAAAUUCUGGUAUCACUGGAAUGUCACUCGCUACAACGUCAUCUGCCUUUACUCUUCCUGCUGGUUUGGGGCAACUUGUUUCUAAUCCUGGUUCACCAUCCAGACUCAUCGCUGCCUCUCAAUCUCCAGCAUUUCCAAUUAUGCCUCUUGGAGCUCCGGGGCCUUCUAUAGUGCCUCAGGUUGGAAUUCCUGCUGCUAUGGCUCGGCUACAACUUACUCAACAACAGCCCAUUGAAAAAACUAGAAUCUUUCCAAAAGACAUAGAAGAUGAAGCUAAUAGUUAUUUUCAAAGGAUUUACAACCAUCCACCGCAUCCUACUAUAUCCAUUGAUGAAGUUUUAGAUAUGCUAAAAAAGUUCAUGGAAUCUCCAAAGCAAAGAGAGCGGGAUGUAUUCUAUUGUAUGUUGCGAAAUCUGUUUGAGGAGUACAAAUUUUUCCCUCAGUAUCCUGAAAAAGAAUUGUUCAUCACUGCCCAGCUUUUUGGGGGCAUCAUUGAGCGAGGUCUUGUAUCUGAUUAUCGGGAGCUUGGGAUGGCUUUGAGGUAUGUUCUUGAUGCUCUCAGGAAGCCACAUGAUAGUAAGAUGUUUUAUUUUGGUAUUGCUGCUUUAGAUCGUUUCAAAUCUAGACUUAAAGAAUACCAUAAGUAUUGUGAACAUAUCGCAAGUAUUCCGCACUUCUCGCAGUUCCCACAGCAUUUGAUAGAAUAUAUUGAAUAUGGCAUACAAUCUGAAGAGCCACCAGGGAGACCUCAGGGCCCAAUUUUGCCAGGAGGAAUAUCUGCUGUAACUACGGCUUACAAAACCUUAACACAAACUACCUGUACUACAACCACCACUGUUGCAGUUACUAAGGCAUCUACUACAUCAGUUAUUUCUUCUAGACCCUCUAUAGCUAAUGCAACCAACAUAGAUACAUUAUUGGUGGCUACUGAAAAAGAAGAAAAAAUGACUGCCCCUCCAGAAGCUUUACAGGAUAAAGUUGCAUUUAUUUUUAAUAAUUUAAGUCAGUUAAACCUUCAGACCAAGUGUGAUGAAUUACGAGAGAUUGUUGGUGAUGAAUAUCAUGCUUGGAUGGCCCAAUAUCUAGUCAUGAAACGUGCGAGUAUUGAACUGAACUUUCAUGCAUUAUAUUCUAAUUUUUUGGAUGUACUCAAGGCGAAUGAGCUCAAUAAAUUAGUUCUUCAAGAAACAUUUCGGAAUAUUAGGGUACUCCUUAGAUCUGAUAAAGGAAUAGCUAAUUUCUCUGAUAGAUCACUCUUGAAAAAUCUUGGGCAUUGGCUUGGUAUGCUAACUCUUGGUCGAAACAAACCUAUAUUGCAUGAUGAUUUAGAUUUAAAAUCAUUAUUAGUUGAAGCAUAUAGUAAAGGUCAACAAGAACUUCUGUAUGUUGUACCAUUUGUGGCAAAAGUUUUAGAGUCAUGCUCUAAAAGCCGAGUUUUUAAACCUCCGAAUCCAUGGACUAUGGCCAUUAUGAAUGUUCUUUCAGAAUUACAUCAAGAAGCUGAUCUAAAACUUAAUCUUAAAUUUGAAAUUGAAGUCUUAUGUAAAAACUUAUCUCUAGACGUAGCUGAAUUACAACCUAAAGUAUAUUUAAAAGACCCAGAAAAUUUAAAGCAUCUGGAGCAUCAACUUUCACCUCCCAAAAUUAAAAGUGAAACACAAGCUACUACACCCAUUACUCCAUCUCAAACACCCACGCAGCAGCAGCAGCAACAGUCACAGCAGCAGCAGCAACAGUUACAGCAACCACAACCACAGCCUCAGCAACCCCCUCACCCAGUGGAAGACAUGACUCCCAGAAUGACCAAUAGUACACCAACUCUAGCUAUCCUUAGUCCGCCAGAACCUAGAUUCAAUUAUAUGCAAAUAAAUGUAUCGUCAACAGCAAGUAUUGCCCAGCAUAUCACUGUAAAUUCUCAGCUUCCUUUGUUACAAGCCCAUCCAAAAUUGAAACAGUUUAUUUGUCAAGCUGUUGAAAGGGCUGUUCAGGAGUGGAUUAUUCCUGUGGUUGAUCGUGCUGUAAAAAUUGCUGUUACUACUACUGAACAGAUAAUAAAGAAGGAUUUUGCAUUGGAACCAGAAGAAACAAGGAUGCGUCAGGCGGCUCAUCAUAUGGUGCGGAAUUUAACUGCAGGAAUGGCCAUGAUAACUUGUCGAGAUCAACUUCUAGUGUCUAUCAGCAACAACUUGAAGAAUAGCUUUCUUGGUUCUUUACAUAACCCUAAUGAGCAACAAAAGAAUUUGGUUGAACAUGCUGCUACAAUUAUUGCUCAAGAAAACAUGGAGUUAGCAUGUUGUUUUAUACAAAAGACAGCAAUGGAAAAAGCUGUUCCUGAAAUGGACAAACAUUUAUUACCUGAAUAUGACAGACGUAAAAUAGCACGUAAUGAAGGUAGAAGAUAUUGUGAUUCAAGUGUACUUACAUAUCAAGCUGAGCGAAUGCCUGAACAACUUAGGUUAAAAGUUGGAGGUGUUACAGCUCAGCAAACAGCUGUAUAUGAAGAAUUAGCUCGAAGCAUCCCUGGUUUUCAGCCUAUAUCAGAAAGGGAUGCUGCUAUUUUCAUCCCUAAACCAGUGCCGUAUUCAGCCCAAGAUGAAUUUGACACUAUUUUUGAAAAACUUACAUCUGAAUUAGAGCAUUAUGUUCAAACAAUUUUGGGAGCUCAAGUUCUUCCUCAAGUACACAAUAUUCUGGAUUUACUUGUUAUACUACGAAGAGAAAGAGAAGAUGGUUAUGCUGUGCGGUUAGUACAAAAGACUGUUGAAAAUUUAAUGGAGCUAUCAUCAGUUACCACAAUGGAUCCUGAAUUGGUUUUGAGACAUCGUGAUUUAUACUUAAGGAUUUUAAAAACUUUGCAAGACCCUCGUGCCUUUGGAACACAGUGGACAAAUAAACAUGUUACAGUGACUGUUUUGGAAUGUCGAGAAGAAUACCGAUACAAUUUGGAAUGCAUCGAUGUCUUAGUUAGAUCACAACUAAUUAACAUGCAACAGUUUGAUGUCCAGUUAGCUCACUUCAUGGAAAAUGGUCAGAAUUAUGUAGCUGUAACUUUUGCUAUGCAAUUAGUUCAGUUAUAUCUUAUAGAUGACAGAAAUAAUUCUGUGGUAACGGAAAGUGAUCUAUUCAAUGUAGUAGAGGUAUUGGUUCGAAUUAAUGCCCACUCUCGCCAACCUCCAGAAGGAUUAAACUCAUUGAUUGAUUUAUUGAGAGCUACUCAUGAAUCGAACAUCUUUUCGGACAGAACUCAUGGACCUGCAGCUCUGAUUAUAUCAGGAAUUCAUCAUGGAAAGGCUCGUGAGUAUGAUGACCCUCCUGGACUUGCAGAGAAAACUGAGUAUCUUCUUCGAGAGUGGGUUGGAAUUUAUCAUUCUCCUCAAGGAGCUAAAGAUCCAAAUAAAGCAUUUUCUGUCUUCGUCCAUCAGAUGAAUUGUCAUGGAAUAUUAAAAACAGAUGAUUUGAUUACUAGAUUUUUUCGCUUGAGUACACAGAUGGUAGUGGAACUAUGUUAUAGGCUUCUUCCCGAUGUGACUGGAACUUCCGCAACAGCGGUUAGGAAUAAAAUGUUUCACACUGUCGAUGCCUAUGUAAAACUAAUUUCACUUCUUGUCAAACAUUCUGGAGAUGCAAAUAACAGUCAGACAAAAAUUAAUCUUUUGAACAAAGUUUUGGGAAUAGUUGCAGGUGUAUUACAGCAAGAUCAUGAAACACACCAAACUGAAUUUCAACAGUUACCUUACCAAAGGAUAUUUAUUAUGCUUUUUCUAGAAUUGAAUGGUACUGAACCAAUUUUGGAUGCAAUAAAUUUCCAGAUAUUGACAGCAUAUUUCCAUACCCUUCACAUCCUUAGACCGUCCAAAUCGCCUGGUUUUUCUUAUGCUUGGUUAGAAUUGGUAUCUCACCGCAUAUUUCUUGGAAAAAUGCUGGGUCACACCCCUAAUCAGAAGGGAUGGGUCAUGUAUGCGCAACUGUUAGUAGAUCUGUUCAAAUAUCUGGCACCUUUCUUAAGAAAUGCAGAACUUGCCAAGCCCGUGACAGUUUUAUACAAAGGCACGCUCAGAGUUCUUUUGGUAUUACUUCACGAUUUUCCGGAGUUCCUUUGUGAUUACCACUACGGAUUCUGUGAUGCCAUACCUCCUAAUUGUAUACAGAUGCGUAAUCUCAUUUUAUCAGCAUUUCCUAGAAAUAUGAGAUUGCCAGAUCCAUUCACACCAAAUCUAAAAGUUGAUAUGCUUUCUGAAAUAUCUAAUGCACCAAGGGUUUUAACGGAAUUCACUCUGAUGAUUCAACCUCCUUCUUUUAAAAAGGAAUUAGAUACAUAUCUAAAAGCUAGAGCUCCUGUGACAUUUCUCUCAGACCUGAGAAGCAAUCUACAGGUUUCGAAUGAGCCAGGUCUUAGAUAUAAUAUUACCUUGAUGAAUGCCCUUGUGCUGUAUGUUGGUACUGAGGCAAUUCAAUAUAUUAGGAAGAAGGGCCUCACUCCUAAUAUGUCAACAAUUGCGCAUUCAGCUCAUAUGGAUAUAUUUCAAAACUUGGCUGUAGAUCUCGAUACCGAAGGGCGUUAUUUAUUUUUGAAUGCUAUUGCAAAUCAACUGCGCUACCCAAAUAGUCAUACUCAUUACUUCAGUUGUACCCUUUUGUAUUUAUUUGCUGAAGCUAACACUGAAGCUAUUCAAGAACAGAUUACAAGGGUGUUAUUGGAAAGACUUAUUGUAAAUAGGCCACACCCAUGGGGUUUGCUGAUAACAUUCAUUGAACUCAUUAAAAAUCCUACCUAUAAGUUCUGGAACCAUGAAUUUGUGCAUUGUGCUCCAGAGAUUGAAAAGUUAUUUGAAUCUGUUGCACGUUCUUGUAUGGUUCAGAAACAAGUCCAGCCUGCAGUUGAAAACGACUUGGCCGAUUUGCAGAACAUGACUACCCAAGCAACAUUCUCCGUUGCUUAAUUUAUUGAAGAAACGCGUGGAGGAGUAAACUAAUAGAUUAAUGAGCAAAGUACUUUUAUUGAUUUCUUGUGAAUAUUGUAUAGGAGGAACUUUUAUAAGUAUAUAUAAAUAAAUAUACAUGCAGUUGUUUUAUGUUAACAUAUUUUCUUUGUUAAAAUAUUAUUGUACCUUAUAGAAAAGGUUGUAUUAUAUAAUUAUAACAUUGUAGAUAUUUGUUUAAACUAUUGUGUAUAUUAUGAAUAAAUUCUAAAAUUUUUGGUGAUAUGUAAGUUAUCCUGAGGGGUAUAGUCAACAAAUUUUGAAACGUCUGUGACAAUUCUAUUUAUUUGUUUACUAUAUUUGAGUCAGCAAUAGCCUCCUUUACUGUGUUAUAUAGCUAAAUAUGUGAUAUGGUGUAUAUUUGAAGUUAUGGAGCUUAAGGCUGUUAAAAUUAUUGUCAGGUGUAAGUAUAUCUUGUAAGUACCUAAAAGUGUUAAUAAAAUUUAUGAUAUAAAUUUAUUUUCUUUGAGUCCUAUCAGAAUUUAAUGUGGUGGACUAUUUGUAUUAAAAGCACAAAUGAGAAUAUGACGGACGGAAGAUGCGAUGUUAAAUAUGUACUGUAAUUAAUUUCUUGUAUGUAUUUCUGUAAUAAAUAAUGCAAAGAUAA